GCAUCAGUGAAACUGCCAUUUAAGAGUUAGCAAUAUGCUUUUCAUAUUUUCAUUCAAUUUCAAAUAUAAAGGUUUAUCUUCAACAGGUAGAUAUUUUGUAACUAAGUGCAUCCAAUUUUUCUUGUAGUGAUGAUAAUUUAAAAGGUAAUUCAUUGCAGAAUAAUGUUCAAAUUCGAACAAGGCGAUAAAACAAGUUUAAAUCGCACUGUUAACGUGAAUGAGGUAGCAGCAUUAGUCCCAGGAGUAUAUCGUCCAAUAAGCAGAUCCCUCAGUUAUUGUCAGAAAAAUCAACGUCAAGAAAGAGCUGUUCUCAAAACUGGAGAAAUCAAUGUCUACCGCAAGCAAGAUUCAAACUUUUUCUCAAACUGUUUCCUUAUCCUUGUCGAAGCAAGAUGGAGAUGGACUUUAUUUUCAUUCUUCUUAGCUUUCACCACGAAUUGGUUACUGUUCGGUGCCAUUUAUUGGUGCAUUUCUUACACUCACGGAGACUUUCUAGAAGCUCACCUGCCACAGAACGUGAACAGUACAGAAUUUACGCCGUGCAUUGAAAAUAUUUAUGGUUUCACAUCGACAUUUCUAUUCAGUGUAGAAAUUCACACAACUGUUGCGUACGGCCGGAGAGCCAUCACAUUAGAGUGUCCGCAGACAAUCACCGCAAUGUGCUUACAAUGCAUCGUUAGCAGCGCAUUCCAGUCAGUUAUGAUCGGUAUACUGUUUGCUAAAUUGACGAGACCUCGAGCUAGGACAAGGACGAUACUAUUCAGCAAAUACUCAGUUAUAACAUUACGAGAUGGACAACUUUGUCUUAUAUUUAGAGUCGGUGAUAUAAGAAAAUCUAGGAUAAUUAAUAUUAAGCCAACUGCAUACCUUUUAAAGUGGGAUUCGGAGUUUGACAAUCUGUUGAACGAGGAGCAGAUAGAAUUGAAAGUUGAAACUGUGGAGUGUGAGUCAGUGUUCUUUUUGUGGCCUGUGCAUGUUGUUCAUAUGAUAAAUGAAGAAAGUCCAUUUUACAAUAUGUCUGCAGCUGAUUUACUUUGCUGUAAAAUAGAAAUAUUAGCCGUGUUUGAAGGUAUUAUAGAAUCAACAGGGCAAUCGAUACAAGCGAGAGCAAGUUAUACGGAAACUGAUAUUUUAUGGGGUCAUAAUUUUGUACCGAUGAUAACUUUUAAUGACGAUAAAUGUAAAUAUAAUGUCGAUUUUUCUAAAAUAUCUGUUGUGGAACAAAUGGAAACUCCGUUGUGUUCAGCGAAUGAAUAUAAUUCUCUAGUGGCCGCAAUCUCGUCAACGUUUAGCGUUGCUUCUAACAGCUGAUAUUAUAAGAAAUGGAUUAGUAAUAAAAUAGUGUAAUUAUUUUUUGUUUAUUAACGUAUAAGUAUCAAUAAGUUUUGACUUUAAUUUUAGUUUGUUUUCUCUUUAAAAAUUAUAGUUCUCUUUCAGUUAAAUGCAUUAUUAAG